AUAUACUUGAAUCAGAUAAUCAAGAAAAUAAUAGUUUAGGUAAUAGUUUUUAUAAUAGUCUCGAUUAUAAUUUUGAUGAUGAAUCAAGUAAUAGUUCUGAUGAUGAAUCAAAUGAUGAAUUAGAUAAUGAGUUAAAUAAUGAAAUAGAUAUUAAAUUGGAUAAUAAGUCAGAUAAUGAAUCAAAUGAUGAAUUAAAUAAUGAAUUAGAAGAUGAAUUAAAUAAUGAACUAGAUAGUGAUGAGUUAAAUAAUGAAUUGCAACCUGAUAAUUAUUUAGACGAUGAUUAUUAUAAUAAUAGUAAGUAA